UUCACUUUCAUUACUGCAGAGUCAAUCCCCGGGUGUCAGACGGCAUCGUCGCUGGUGAUGGCAGAAGCUCUCUCUUCCCUCUCUGUGAGUCAUUACUCCUGCUCGUUGUGUCUGGAGGUCCUGAAGGAGCCGGCCACUCUCCCAUGUGGACACAACUACUGCCUGAAAUGUAUUAAUAAGCACUGGGAUCAGUUUGACAUUAAGGGGACCUGCAAGUGCCCUCGGUGUGAAAUGGAGUUUCACCCAAGACCACAGCUUUACAAGAAUACGACUCUUUCAGAUCUGAUGGAAAAGAUAAAGGAACAUGGAGUCAGAAGAACUCCAUCUAAGAGAAAACAGAAAGCUUCAAUGACCUUAAUGGCUUCCAACAUUAAGAGUCACCUGCAGCAUCCUGGGGAGUCUGCAGCCCCCAAGAGACGCAAACUGGAGGAGUCGACUGGAAAUCUCAAAGAGAACUUCUGCUCAAAGCACCAGAGAGUCCUGGAAAUGUUCUGUAGGACCGACAAGGUGUUUGUCUGCUCAGAGUGUGUGGUAACUGAACACAGCGGUCAUGACACCAAGACGCUCAAUGAGGAGAGAGCUGAGAGAAAGAGUCAGCUUGAGAGCACAACAAAAGAAGUGAAAAAGAGACUCCAGGACAAAAUGAAGAGAGUGGAGAAACUGAAGGAGACUUCAGCGAGUAUCAAGAUUUCUGCAGAAGAAGAGGUGCAGGAACACCAGAAAACCUUCAAGUCUGCAAUUCAGUCCAUUGAGAGACUGAAGUUAGUUGUGAUCGACAUGAUCAGAAAUCAAAAGCGGAAGAAAGUGCGACAGGAAGAAGAGCUCAUUAAGAGACUGGAGAAGGAGAUCAGGGAGCUGAAGAGGAGAGACGCUGAGCUGGCCGAACUUUCACAGACAGACAACCACAUCUACUUCUUAAAGAAACUUCCAUCUCUCAGUCUCCCUCCUGAAGAUGACAGCUCACCUGAGGAUGCUGGUAAUGGAGAUUUCCUUCCUGACUCUAAGAGGAAGAAUCUUACCGUUCUGAAGGAAAGACUGGAGGAGAUCAACAGCUGGAAGUUUGUGAAGACCAGUAAGACCGGGGCUGUUGUUUCAGGGGAUGUCCUGAAGAACCUGAGAAGUAGAAACAACUUUUUAAAAUACUUCCGGCCUCUCACUCUGGACCCCAACACGGCACACAAACACCUGCACCUGUCUGAAAGGAAAAAGAAGGUGACCCAAGAGGAAAAAGAGAGCCGAUAUCAUGAUCAUCCUGACAGAUUUGACUACUGGCAGCAAGUCUUGUGCCGAGAGGAGCUGAAAGGGACUCGUUUUUACUGGGAGGUCGAGUGGAGUGGGAAAAAUGUUGAGAUUGGAGUCACAUAUAAGGGAAUCAGCAGGAAAGGAGUGGGUGAUGAGUGUGUCCUCGGAUUCAAUGACAAGUCCUGGAAUUUGAGUUGCUCUUAUUGCUCCUGCUCUGCAUGGCACAAUAAGAAGGAGACUCAAAUCAAUGCCCCCUUUAGUCACAGAAUUGGUGUGUUUCUGGACUAUUCUGCUGGCUCGCUGUCCUUUUAUAGCGUCUCAGAUUCAAUGACCCUCCUGUACAGGUUCAGCGCCUCCUUCACCGAGUCACUCUAUCCAGCUUUCCGUCUUGGAUCUGAAUCCUUUGUAGCCAUCUGCCCUCCAAACCAGUCCAGCUGCUAUCAUCUGUAGGUCACUUCAUGUCUUCUGUCACACAGGCUGUCUCACAACUUUAGAGUCAUUAAGAAACUUCCACGGACCGUGUCAGAGAGGUUUUGUCACUUCAUUCCUGGUACUUGACUCACACUCCUGCUCGCUGACCUGCCAUUUCUUCUGCUGGGUUGCCCCUGAGAUGACCAGACUUGACUUUCAUUUAGUGGACAUCAGAGGGAAACCCCCUGACCAUUAGUUGAUUUCCCUUUUCUCUCAGUUUAUGUUCAGUUUUCUCAAUGGCCAUUGGUGCUCUAUUGAUACUUUAAAAAUUCAAACUCAAUAAGGACAUGGGACUUCCUGUCACUCAGCAUGAGAAAUUCUACUUUUGUCUGUAAAUAGUAAAUAUGGAAUUAUUUUAAUCCUGUCCUGCCCUUUACCAUUACUGCCACACAGCUUCAGGACACUUAGUUCAAUGUUCAUGUUCUCCUGAUGUCCAUAUCCUGCUUUCUCUGAUUCCUCCAGUCUCCCUCUUAGAUCAAAGUGCAACACGCUUUUGGAAAAUUGCUGCCACAAAAUUAGUAUUUAAUGGGCACGAGCAGGAGUGUCAUGAGCUGGCAUCCUAACCAGUGUUUGUUCCUGCAUUGUGACCAGGACAGACCGAUGCUCCUCACAACACCGUGAUUUGGAUGACCACCCCACCCUUUUCAUAUCUUCUCUUCACUUUUGUUGCUGGACACAAAAAGGUGGUGACCACCAUUGUAUCAGCAGCUUUGACCUCAGCAGAUGGACAGAUGCACCACAUCUGUGUCUUUCAAUGUUUAUGAUAACUGGGACAUUUUUGGGUUUAGAAUCUCUUUGUGGACCUUUGAUGGUCUCCCUUUGGAGUUUCAAGUGGCUCGAUUGAAUAACGUUUUAUUGAGGGGCAGGGAAGGUCCAACUUGGAACUUUGAGCAGCUCGAUCAGUUAACAAUUAAUAGAAGAGUGAAUUGCUUCGAGAUUCACUAAAAGAAGAGCUCAGCAGAGUGCCGACAUUUCAUAGUCAGCUUUAUGUGGACCUCCAAUAGGCAAUAACAGCGUUUAUAUACACGCCAUAACAGACUGGCCUAAAGUAGACCGGCGUUUGGGAAACACUGCACGAGACCACCUGACCUGACAGAGACUUCCAAAUCCCAUAAUGACAUGUGGCGUUUAUUGGGAGAUGUUGCAAGGACUGUGUUUUUGAGUCCUUCAUAGUUUUUUGUCUUUUAAAUCAUUCAAUACUUGGUCUUUGUCAUGUGAUGGGUUGUGUUAUUCAUUUCUUAUUCUAUAUUGUUCAUUGUUUGUCAUGAUCGUUUAAGGGGUUUUCUGAGAUUUUUCUUUUCAUUCUCCAAAUCGUUAUGGAGUUAUGUUAUUUUUUAGUCUGCUUUCGCCACCGUUUCGAGUUCCUAUGGCUGCUGCUGUUGUUUUGCUAGGCCAGCGUCCAGUGUUGUCAGGGGCAGGGCCUCAAAGGUCAUGACCCAUUGGUAAUCAGGUUCAAAGGUCGACUGUAUCCAAUCCGAUCUGCGUAUCCAAAUCCUUUCCAAGUCUUUCGUUAAAUUCUCUCUUGUUGUUUUUGCAGGGCUGGCCUUGUGCUUCGUCUUUUGUCGUCGAGUUUGCCGCUCGUUUUUGCUCAAUUUUAGUUCCAUUGAUCUCCCAGCUUUGACCCUUUUUGUUUGAUCACCGUCUUGUGAUUUCUCAAUUAAAAUACUCCAGUUAGUGUACUGACGGUACGGUUUUUUGUUGCCCUGUUCCUUUCCUCAGGUUCAUUCAAUGAGGGUCUUUGGGUGUUGCCCCCGUUAUGCGCUUGCUGCUGCUCUUUGGCUCCCUUCUUGUAAAUUCGUUUCUGAUGGUCUUUUUCCCACCAUUUUUUACUUUCAUCAUUUCACUUGUGACGUUUGGUUUUUUCAAAUAUUGGAUUGUUAUUUUAUAUUUUGUCUUUCUUUCUUUUUCUAGGAUUUUUGUUGCUUAGUAUUUCUUUUUUUUAAUUUAAAUCUCUUACUGUGUAUUUCAUGUAAUAUUCCUAAUGUUCUAUGUAACUUUGGAAAUGCUGGCUCCUUUGCUA